AUGCUGGCGGCGUUCCUCGCGGCGCUCGUCUUCUUCCAUUCCUCCGAGUUCCUCCUUGCGCUCUGGUCCACUGGCAAACCCGACCUCCGAUCAGUCCACCAUCUUUGUCUCACGGGAGGAACUUCCCUUCACAACGCUGCAAGCGAAUGCCCCUCCCCUCCCACAUCGAUCCCGCCAGCAUCAUCCUUCCCGUCCCUUAUCACUCCUUAUCUCCCGGCCGCCCACCCUCAUCUUGCUCCCUUCCGCUCCCCACUGCCCUGCCCCUUUCUGUGGCCCGUGGCGCUUUUUCAGUCCCCACCUCCCGCUAGCCAUGCAGCGUUCCUCGUCUCGUGGGAGUAUCUGCUGGCCAUGGAAGUAGCGCUCACUGAAUACGCCCUCGAGACCGCCCUCUUCCCCGCCUUCAAGCGCCGCCUGUGGCCCAUGGCGUGGGUGGGGGGAGCGCUGCUGCUGGUGGGGGAAGCGGUGCACAAGGCAGCCAUGGUGACGGCAAGGAGGAGCUUCACACAUGCCAUUCAGAUGGAGAAGCGGCGCGAGCACCGGCUGGUCACAUAUGGACUGUACAGGUGGGUGCGGCAUCCGGGCUAUACGGGGUGGUUCAUGUGGAGCAUAGCCACAUGUCUACAUGUCAUCCCAUGCGCUAACUAUGCAUUUCCGCAUGCGCACAUGCGCCAUCCGGGCUACACAGGGGUGGUUCAUGUGGAGCAUGAUGUGAGUGUGGUGUGGUGCAAUCAUCCCAUGCCCUGCCCAUGUCGGCCACGGUCCCAUGGCAGGUGGGUGCGGCAUCCGGGCUACACGGGGUGGUUCAUGUGGAGCAUAGCCAUGCAGCUGCAGCUAGUCAACCCCCUCUGCACGCUCGCCUUCGCCCUCGUCUCCUGGCGCUUCUUCGCCGCGCGCAUCCCUUCCCUCCCCAGAUACGCUGCCUCGGUAUCGUUUGCCAUCCCCUUUGUCUCAUCUGCUCCCACAUCUGCCCGUCUCCCACUCCUCUCCCUCUUCCCCCCAGCAGCUACGAGUUAG